GCGCCGGGCGCUCCUGCCCUCAGCCCGCUCCCCCGCACUGCCCGCCGGCCCGCUGCGGCGCCGGGCGCCUCGCCCCGACCCUGCGCCCACCACCCCAAAUCGGGGCCCGCCGCGGCCAUCCCCUCCCCGCUGCCGGCAUGGCAGCCCCAGCGCAGGUGGGGGCAGACCCUCAGGGCUGCGGGCCCCUCCUGCCUACGCCCUCUCCGUCAACAACGCGCGUCACCGGCGCCGCACAGCGCCUCUUGCUUCGCGGGGCGGAGACCUGGCGGCCCCCGGUGCCCGCGGCGCCGAGCCCUGCCUGAGCACAGCGGCCCCACUGACUGGAGGACCCUCGGAGUCAUAGAGAGGUCCGCCUCCUGGCCCAGAAGGGCUCCCUGCUAUACCCUCGGAGGUCUCCUGGUGCUUCCGCUUCCGGUCCGGUCAUGCUGCGAGGCUGGCGGGCCGCAGCGGCCAUCUGUGCUGCGGGCGGGAGGUGCGUGAGGUGUCUGUGCGGCCGCCGCCUCCCCAUGGCGAAGAGCAAGUUCGAGUACGUGCGGGACUUCGAGACAGACGACGCGUGCCUGCCCAACUGCUGGAUAGUGGUCCGGCUAGACGGCCGCAACUUCCACCGGUUUGCUGAGCAACAUGAGUUCAAAAAGCCAAAUGAUGACCGUGCUCUUCAUCUGAUGACGAAGUGUGCCCAGACAGUGAUGCAAGAAUUGGAGGAUAUUGCUAUUGCUUAUGGACAAAGCGAUGAAUACAGUUUUGUUUUCAGAAAGAAGAGCAGAUGGUUUAAAAGACGAGCCAGUAAGUUCAUGACUCAUGUGGUCUCCCAGUUUGCCUCAAGUUAUGUUUUCUAUUGGAAAGAUUACUUUAAGGACCAGGAACUUCUGUAUCCACCGGGAUUUGAUGGACGAAUUGUGUUGUAUCCCAGCAACCAAAAUUUAAAGGACUACCUCAGUUGGAGACAAGCAGAUUGCCACAUUAAUAACCUGUAUAAUACAGUGUUUUGGAUGCUUGUACAACGAAGUGGUUUGACACCAGUACAAGCACAGGAUAGACUUCAGGGAACUUUGGCUGGAGAUAAAAAUGAAAUUUUAUUUUCUGAAUUCAACAUCAACUACAACAAUGAGCCUUUGAUGUAUAGAAAAGGAACCGUCCUAAUAUGGCAGAAGGUUAAUGAAGUUAUAACAAAGAAAAUAAAACUGCCAAAGGAAACAGAAGAAAAGGAAGUUGAAGUGACCCGAAGUAGGACUCAGGUUGUUCCUCUGCACUGUGACAUUAUAGGGGACCAGUUCUGGGAGGAAUAUCCUGAGAUUCUGGCUGAGGACAGUUGAUUUCUCCAGCAGAUGUAACUGGCAGUUUACAUUUUGCUCUGCUAGGGUUGUUGCAAAGUGAGGAGUCUGGAUUGUGGCUAGCAGAGUUUAAGGUGUAACCCUCUUCAACGACUACAUUGUUUUUAGCACUGUUGUUGCCUGAGAAACAGACACUGGUUUGUUGUCUGACAUACAAAGAUAUAUCCAUAUGAAAAAGGUAAAAUCAUAUUAUAUUUUGAAUAUUAAGAACUCACUAUAAAUUAAAAGACUGCUCCUUAUAAAUGCAUAUUUGCAAAAAGACUGUAAAAAAUUUUAUGCAUUUCUAUAGUAUUCUUUAAGUCGCAGGAUACUUUAUUGAACUACCGAAUUAUAUAAAAGGUUUUGUAUUUGAACAGUUAACAGCAGAGGGAAAAAUAAUUCUUUUGAUUUUUGUUUCAGUUAUGAGACGGACCAGAAUACUGCAGUUGGCAAUUGGUAAUAAAUUUCAAGGCUAGUGUUUUUAGUCAAGUUAGUGACAAAAUAUUCAACUACCUGAUGUCUCUGGCCCUUACAAAAAGGAAAUGGAGUAGCCUGUCAGUUUUCUGCAACUGGUUUUAAAAGCUUUUGUCAACUGUACAGGAUUUUUAUACUUUUUUAAGAUUUAAAAAGAAUAAUGAUUUCUUCCCUGCUGUGUUUAUUAUUUGGACUUUCUCACUGUGGUGACUUUUACUGGUAAUUAGUGAAGGUUUCAAAUAGUUAAGCUAAUAGUAAGGAUACUGUACAGACUUGAAUUCUGUCAGGACAUAGGUAAACAUUGUGCUGUCAUUUUUCCGUGGCCUGGGAAACCAUCUGCCUCAUGCUGUGCAGUAGACUGAAAAGUAGCAACACAAGGGAACGUUCCUGGUGCUUGCAGAGAGGAUGCUAGCAGGAAUUUGUGGUGGUGGUCUCUGUUAUAGUUGCUACAGAUAUAGCAGUCAUGACUACCUGAUAGUUAAAGAGAGAGCAAAGUAUGGUGGGCAUGUGUAUGCCUGGUCUAUGUGCAGUUUUGUUCUGGUUUAAGUGUCAAUUGAAGCCUCUUUGUCAAAACAGUUGAACCAUACAAUCUCUCAGAGCGGAAAUAUCUCCACUAAUAUAAAGGGGCUUGUCCUCCUGUAAUUGGAAUUUUAGGGAAAUAAACUAUUUCAAUAUAAAUACCUAUCCUUAUAGAAAAGCAGCUCUAAUGAUACUAUAUUAUUACUGUUUUAACCAAAUUGGUUUCAAAAAGAAAGAGACUAGCCAUAAAAAUAGAGAGGAUCAAGUGUGACUAAAGAAGGUUAGCACAGAGUUAGUCUCUCAUUCAUUGAUGCAGCAGCUUCUUCUCUGCUUUCAUACUUUUCUUCUCACAGGAAGAACCUAAACAUUUAAGGCAAUGUGAUUUUUUUUUUUCCUUCUAAUUCUUUUUUACUCGGAUCUAAUUUGAAAAACUGUACUAAAUGGGUACUGAUGUAAAAUACUACUUGGCAAUUUAUUCCUUUUUCUGAGAAUGAACAAUCAGUCUGUGCAUAAAUAAAAGCACGGUAAUCCCCCUCCA